UUAAAGGUUCUCUGUGUAAACUAUGAACUCCGUAUUUGAUCAAUCUAAAGAAGAAAUUGACAUCCAACGGUUCUAAAUCUAACGAUUGUGAUCGUUUGUUGCGUCGUGCCCUCUUCACUCCCAAGAACUCUAAAAAUUGGAUAAAUUACUAUAACCUUAAAAGAAAUAUACUUCUGCUGUUGAAACAAGAAAAUAAGGAAAAAUGGAGAAAUUUGGACGAAGAUUUGAAGGGAAAGUAGCCAUAGUCACGGCUUCGACUCAGGGCAUCGGCUACAGCAUUGCAGAGCGUCUUGGAUUGGAAGGCGCUUCCGUUGUUGUCUCCUCUCGCAAACAAAAAAACGUUGAUGGAGCAGUGGAAAAACUCAAGGCUCGGGGAAUUGAAGUGCUCGGUAUAGUAUGCCAUGUAUCUAAUGCACAACAAAGAAAGAACCUGAUACAGAAAACCCUUCAGAGAUAUGGGAGACUGGAUGUAAUCGUGUCCAAUGCUGCUGCAAACCCUGCUGUGACUGCCAUCUUGGAAACUAAAGAAAUUGUCCUCGAUAAAUUAUGGGAGAUCAAUGUGAAAGCGUCUAUUCUUCUUAUGCAAGAAGCAGCUUCUCACUUGCAGAAGGGUUCAUCAGUUGUUCUCAUUUCUUCUAUAGCUGCCUACCAACCCUCUGAGGCCUUGGCUAUGUACGGGGUGACCAAAACCGCCCUUCUUGGGCUCACAAAGGCACUUGCAGCUGAGAUGGCCCCAAAUACUCGUGUAAAUUGUGUUGCACCGGGCUUUGUUCCCACGCACUUUGCCUCAGCUAUCACAAGCAAUAAAAGCAUGAGGAAGAACCUCGAGGAAAAGGCAUUGCUCAACAGGCUAGGAACAACACAAGAUAUGGCUGCAGCAACGGCCUAUUUGGCUUCAGAAGAUGCCUCUUAUGUGACCGGAGAAAUUUUGGUAGUUGCUGGAGGAACGCCCUCCAGGCUGUAGUUUCUUGUCCUUUAAUUUGCUCUUCUUUGGAAUAUUUCCUUCUUACAAUUUGCCUCCCAGAGUAUGAUGAAUAAGAUUCUCCCCUACCCGAAGCACUGACCAUAAACUAUGUGAUCUCUUCUUGGUUGUUUUCCUCUAAGAAUUUCUGCAGGACUCGGGUUUAUA